CACAAAGGGGGGGGGAGUUAACAUAUAUGCACCUGUUUGCUUAUUUCGUAUCGUAUAGGCCUAUUUAUUGAUCAUUGGAUUUAAAUUCUUAACUCCUAACAAUCUCUCAGUUAGAGCCAUACAAACUAACGCAAAUACCAUACGUCAUUUCUUAAGGUUCAAACAAUCACUUGACUUCAAUCAAUGGACAUGAUGAACACAGUAUCAGAGCAAUAUCCUUUGAAUCAAAGACAUCGACAGCUUUUCAUGACGGACAUCAGAACAUCUUCAAAGUCAUAGCGCUUUGAUACAGCGUGUCUCAUUAUGCAUCCCAUUCCCCAAACAAAGGAAUGAUAAUGACCUUUAAUGGGGUAUCUGAUCUUAUUCCUUAAGACUAAACCGCGCAUAAGUAUGUGGAGAGUUUAUAAGGCCUCAUAACCUCAGAGACAGAGAGAGCAGACACAAGUCAAGGAUUCAUCCUCAUUGAUAACAUUAUCUACUUGACUUUCUACGGAUCAACUCAUUUUCUGGAACAUGGAGGCCAAGUUUUCCAACUUCACCAUCGAUCACAUUCUGGCACACUCCGGCGAAGCGGCUCAACAUCCUCAGCCGACGGAGAACCACACAAACGGCGCCUUUUCACCUGCUAGUAGAGGUCAUCUCUACCAUGCUCCCCAGCCGUCCGGACUGAAUGGAUUCCGUACAUAUGGGAUGCCAAUUGCUCAUCCAAUUUACCAGAUCAACCCUCCAGGUUUCUCAUUUUGCAGUGACUGUUGCUACAGUAUUACUGCCAACUUCAGCACCUUCGCCUCAGGCCACCCGGACGCAUUCAUGUACGAAACAGGUAAGACACUUAUUUUGUAUUAUUCUUAUUGACUUUUACCCCAAGGAUAUAUCACAGAGUUCUCUUUGAGGAGUUGCAGUAGUCUCAUACAUUGUUUUUUUUUUUAUUUGUUUUGUUGAAACAGGGUCUCAAGCUGAACAGAUGUGCUGCCCUCACGCAGUCAGCCCGCGACAUCGAAACAGGAUGCGCACAGUGUUCACUGACGGCCAGACAAAACAACUGGAUCAUCUCUUCAGUGUGACCGACUAUCCUAGCGUGGAGGCCCGUGCAGAGCUGGCUAGAAACACCGGUCUCACUGAAGAAACAGUUAGGGUUUGGUUCAAGAAUCGCCGUGCUCGAAGGAAGAGACAGAAUAUCCAGACCAAGAGUACCGGAUCGUACAGCGACGACCGCGAGGAGGCACAAUGGAGUCGCGAGGAGAUGCACGGAAACCAGAGAAUGGACUGAUAAUUUGCUUACUCCUUAACUUAAUUUAUUUGUUUUAUACGGCCUAAUGUAUCACAUUUGGAAAUGGACUGCUGCGCUCACUGGUUUAUUUUGUUAUAUUUAAA